AUGAAUGGGAGGCGGGCGGCGCUGGCGGGCACAGCUGCGGCGCCGCGCCCGGGCCGGCACCGGCACCGGCACCGGCACCGGCACCGCCCGCGGGACCCGGCGCUGCCUCCCGCCGCGGGGCUCCGCCGGCCCGGGCCGCGUCUCUCCCUCCCCUCUUCUCUCCCCUCCGCCGCCCCCGGGCCAAUAAAAUGAUGCAAAGCUCCGCGCUCGCUGCCGAAGGGGCUGUCAAGGGGCUUCCCGAGAUCCUCGGUGUGCCGGUGCAACCGGCGUGGGCUGGCGGUUCGGAGUUGCUCACGCUGCUGGGGUUGGGGCUGGUACCGGCUCCUUCGCUUGCAGACGACUCCGAGGCAGGCGCUAAGCGGCCCCGGACCACCAUCACGGCCAAGCAGCUGGAGACGCUGAAGAACGCCUACAAAAACUCCCCCAAGCCUGCCCGGCACGUGCGGGAGCAGCUCUCCUCCGAGACAGGGCUUGACAUGAGGGUGGUGCAGGUGUGGUUCCAGAACCGCCGGGCCAAGGAGAAGCGGCUGAAGAAGGACGCGGGGCGGCAUCGCUGGGGGCAGUUUUACAAGAGCGUCAAGCGGAGCCGCGGGGCCGGCAAGCUGGAGAAGGAGAGCUCGGCUGAGGACUGCGGCGUCAGCGACAGCGAGCUCAGCUUCCGCGAAGACCAGAUCCUCUCCGAGCUCGGCCACACCAACAGGGUUUAUGGCACCGUGGGGGAUGUGGCGGGCGGACAGUUGCUGAACGGCAGCUUCUCCAUGGAGGGGACGGGACAGUCGUACCAGGACUUGCGGGACGGCAGUCCCUACGGCCUCCCCCAGUCGCCGUCUUCCAUCUCCUCCCUGCCGUCCCACCCGCCCUUGCUCAACGGGCUGGACUAUGCCAUGGACGGCAGCCUGGGGCUGGUGGCCCACGGGGCGCAGGGGGUGAGUCAGACGCUGCGGGCCAUGGCCGGGGGGGGCCCCACCUCCGACAUCUCCACGGGGAGCAGUGUCGGGUACCCAGACUUUCCCACCAGCCCGGCCUCCUGGCUGGACGACAUGGAUCACCCCCCUUUCUAA